GGGCGAGUCACGCGAUUUCCGGGAACCCGUCAGGAAGGGACAUAAACAAAACAAACCCCAAAGCCGCAUGGAGGGUCCGGGCCGGAGCGCGCGGGGCGGCGCCCCCUGCUGAGCCCCGACCGCUCGGUGAGUGCGGGCCGCGGGGGGCGGCGGGCGGGGGCUUUGCGGAACCUGGCCCCGGCCGGCAGCUGCGCCCCGAGGGGGAGGGAGGGCAGCACCGAGGGCUCGGGGGAGCUCCGUGUCUGCCAGCCGCUGCCGGCCUGGCCUUCUGCUGGAGGGAGCCGCGUCGUAUCGGCGGAGGGGAGAGGGUGUUGGGGAGAUGGGGGGGAGGUGCGACGGGCAGGGGGCUCCGGCACGCGGGAAAAGGGGUGUGUCUGCCCGGCGCCGGGAGCAGAGGAGCGGUGCCGGUGUCGAGCGGGCAGACCGCGGAGCCCGGCUGCCGGGGGGUGUGGCUGCGGGCCGGGGGUGCCCGUGUCCCUCUGCCCGGCUGCGGGAGGCGGCGCCCGGGGGGCUCCGAGCAGGGCUGCGAGGAGCGGGCUCGGCGGCGGCUGUCGGCGGCGGCGCGGUGGAGGGAGCGCUGCCGCGAGUGCCGGGGGCGGCGGUGCCUUUCUCGCUCCUCGGAGCGGCUCCGGCCGUGAGCUGCGGGACAGCUCGGCUUUCACCGCCGGCGCACGGCAGUGGUUGCGGCAGGACCCGGCUGCCCCUCCGGGCUCGCGGCCGCCUUCCCUACGCCUUCACCUGUUGGAGGGCCCGGAGCGGGCCGCGGCUCUCCGCGCCUUCGGGGCGGCGGUGUCCGGCUGCGGGGGGAGGCGGGGCGGGACCCCCCUGCUCGGCCGCAGGCUUUAUGUAACCGCCGGGGGUGUCACGGAGGUUCACCGCGGAGCGGCCCGACCUGGCCGCGGCCCCGGGACGGGGCUCUGCCCCUUGAGCUGAGAGCCGCGAGCCCCGGGGAGGGCAGCCCCCAACCCCUUGGCGGGCAGUGGGGCGGAGGCAGCCCCCGCGUUGGGCAAAGGGAGUGCUCCGCGCCCUUCCCGUCGCGCUGAGGCCGGGGUAGGAAGGAUCGGCGGCGCCCGGCGGGGAGGCGGUGCGGAACCGGCGCGGCCUGGGGGUGCGGGGCCACGGCGGUCCCCUCAGGAGCGGCGGAAGGGGGUUUGUUUACAUGUUGCCUCAACCUAGCUUGAAAGGGCCGCUGGGCGAGUGAGUGGCGUGAGCGGCGACCAAUGAGAACGAGAGUUCCUGAGGCGCGAGCCAAUGAGCGGGCGGGGAGGGCGGGGCGGGACGGCGGCCGGGUUAGGCUGCGCUCGGCUCCGGCUGGUGGGGCGGCCAUGUUGGCGGGGAGGUGUGUUAGUGGGUCAGGGGCGGGUGCGCGGCGGGGCUGGGGCCGCCCUGAGCAGGCAGCCGAGAGGGGCGAGGUGCGCUGCGCUCCGCCUCCGGGAGUUCCCCGCUUCUGUGGGCCCCAUCGGUGCCCAGUGCUCUGUACGGGCAGUGGCGGCCCGGAACUCGGUGUCAGUCGGGCUCCUGCCCCUAUAAGCCGGUUCCUGCAGGCUCCUGCGGUCCGUUUAUGAGCUCCCCAGAGACGUCGGCCCCCCUCUGCAGCGCUGGGUUCCCCCACGCGAGUCGGGCCGGGCUGUUCCCGAGCCAGAACUUCAUGUUCCCAUCCCCAGCUGCUGUGCCUGGUGUCCCUCCAUAGCCACGUCCAUGGCAUUGCUCAGGGCAGCGCCUUGCAGAGCUGCUCAGACAUCAAAGAUAAUUUAAUGGCUCCAGUUCAAUCUGUCAUGCUCCAAUAUAAACACGUGUUCGUUUUCGGGCUUCCCCAUACAUCCUGCUGAGCAGGGCCAAUCUGUCAGCGACAGCAGCUGAAAUAUUGGCAGUCGAGAGCAGCUUGUUGAAAUAAAGCAACACUGCAGAGCCAGGUUCUGGUAGAGUUAGCUUUCUAACAUCUUAAAGUACUUUAAAGAAGGAAGGUUAACGUUUGGCCUGGAGUCCCUUACCAAAGUGGCUGCUUAGCAUCCCUGUGGGGAACGUCAGUUGUCGUCCAGCAUAUGUUCUUGUAGUGACAGUAGUGACAGUCAUGGGAAGGCACUUAGAAACUGUGGGGUUUUACUUUUGGCACCUUAAAUGAGGAACUGGACUUCUGUGGAGGAAAUAGGUUAGAAUCGUAGAAUAGAAUCAUAGAAUCUUUAAUGCUGGAGAAGACCACAGAGUCAUAGAAUGUCCUGGAUUGGAAGGGACCCGUAGGGAUCACUGAGCGCAACCCCCGGCUCUACACAGCAUUACCUAAAAUCCAAACCCCGUUUCUGAGAGCACCGUCCAAACACUCCCUGAUCUCUGGCAGCUCAGGGCUGUGCCCGCUGCCCUGGGCAGCCCAUUGCAUGCCCACUGCCCUCUGGUGCAGAACCUUUCCUUCACCCCCACCUGCCCUCCCCUGGCACAGCUCCAUGCCGUUCCCUCGGGCUCUGUCACAGAGAGCAGAGCUCAGCACUGCUCCCUGCAAGGAGCCACCAUGCAGCCACCAUGAGCCUCCCCUCAGCUCCUCUGCUCUGGGCUGAGCAAAUGUAGAGACCUCAGCUGCCCCUCGUACGCCUAACACCUCUAAGAUCGUAAAGUCCAACCAUCAAGACAGCACCACCAUUGGUUUAGCAGGAAAGAUUUCUUGUAGAAAUCAAUGCUCAGCAGUAGUUCUCGGAGAGCUCAUACGCUGCUUGGUGGCCAUCAGCUCACUUGAGCAGAAGAAUUGCUCUGCAUUUGGUAGCAGUGUUACCUGCUGAGGAGAAAGAUCUGCUGCAGAGGCAUUUAGCUGCUGAGAUCUCACUGUGGUUUUCUAAAUACUGAGAGCUGGAAAAAAAAAAAACAAACCCUUUUUGAAGCACGGAGUUUGGAAGUCCCUUCAGGAUUAACGGGAAUUAAUUGGGAAUAAAUAGAAGCUUGUGUCUGACUGAUAGCUUGGUAUAAACAAGAGAAUCCAUUGAUUUUGGUUCCUGUGACUUGCAUGUCCGUGCUAAGUGGUUUGUGAAACCUAAGUGAAGGAUCAUUUAAAGUAAAAGUUUUAUGAAGGAGUGCUUGAAAGUUGGCGUAGCCUUGAAAAUCAAGCCAGAAAGUUUCUGGAAAUCUUAGCUUUUAGGGUUCAGACCCUGCAGUAAUACCUCAGUAAUACCUUCCCUCACGAUGCUGUGGUAAGAAAAGAAUCCUCCUGUUUUAGAACCUUUCUGUUGGUGUGUGGCUGUGUUGGCUGCUGGUGUUACUGCCUGAUUUCUGACUUGCCCUCCUCGUUUCAUCUUUUAAAAGGUUUUUUUAAAGGAAUUGAAGUAAGUCAGUAUAGUUCUAUCAGGUGUAACGUGCUGCAUUUCCCACUCUUGGCCCCAAAGUAAUAAAAUCUCAGUCUUUGUUCCAGAACGUACAGAAAAGCCACUGCUUCUAAUAAAACGUGUAAUUCUGGGUCCAGCUGCUGUAAAAUACAUAGGUUCAAUACAGUCGCAUACGUGUUUUAUUUUUAAAUCACUUUUGUGCCUCUUGCAUUGUGAUCAGUUAUUGGCAUUGCUUAUUUGCUUAUGCAGUCGUGCUGGUCUGGAAUACCCCUCUGCAGUGUGGUGCCCGGGGCUGGUGUGGAAGGGUGCAGUGAUCUCAGCAGUGCAGUGCUGCUCCUUUUGGUAGUUCAGCUCUUUGCCCUGCAGUGCUGCAUGUGAGGCUGGAGCAGGGAGGUUCUGUGUAGCCAUAUCGCUUCGAGGCGCUGAAGUCUGUCCGCUCUGGGCAUGUGGAGCUGAAACAUAAUGUGAGGGGAAGAUCAGUAGAGGAAAGGGAAUGAAGACAGGGAAGCGGCAGUUUCCGGCCCUGAAGGGAAGAGGCUUUAACAGAAGUGAAACAGUCUUUGUAUCUUCAGUUCUUUUAAAAGGCAACACUCUAUCAGACUUGGGAUCGGCAUGUCUUGGGCAGCUGUUACUUAUCCUCCGGGAUACAAAAGGCGAAAAGCAUCACGUCUGAGGUGCUAGCACUGCGCUGCAAUGCAAAAACGUGACUGUGGUGGUGGCGGUGCUUUGCUGGGCUAUGCUGAGCAGAGUGUGUUCCGUAAUAGGAAACAGAUUGGCACAAAGUGUGACAGGAAAAAAAGUUCGAGGAGAAGCGGAGGACCUGGUGCUCCUCUUUCUGAAGCAUCCCCAGACAGCAAAAGGAUGCCUGAAAACUACAAAUAGAAGAGCUCCAUAAGAGUGAACUGAAGUUACCAUAAGGAAAAAUUUCAUUACAUGGAUUGUGUAAACUCACUGAGACUGAGGUAAAGCUGGAAAGAAAUCUACAAGUGAAUAAAACAAGAAGUUUGGAAUUGGAUUUGGGGAAUCUGGGCUUGGAAAUGCCUCAGCCCAGUGUGAGUGGAAUGGACCCUCCUUUUGGGGACGCCUUUCGGAGCCAUGUGUUUUCAGAACAGACUCUGAUGAGCACAGAUCUCUUGGCAAGCAGUUCAGAUCCAGACUUCAUGUAUGAACUGGACAGAGAAAUGGACUACCAGCAAAGCUCCAGAGACAACUUACUUUCAAUGGAGGACUGCAAAGACCUUGAGAACUUAGAGUCUUUUACGGACAUCCUGGACAAAGAAGCUGCUUUCACCUCAAAGUGGGAGCAGUGGGACACGUACUGUGAAGACUUAACUAAAUACACUAAACUAACCAGCUGUGACAUCUGGGGAACAAAAGAGGUGGAUUAUUUGGGCCUUGAUGACUUUUCAAGCCCAUACCAAGAUGAAGAGGUGAUAAGCAAAACACCGACUCUGGCUCAGCUUAACAGUGAGGACUCCCAACCUGUUUCAGAUUCACUCUAUUAUCCCGAUUCACUCUUUAGUGUAAAACAAAACCCUUUAAAUUCUCUGUUACCUGGAAAAAAAAUUGCAAGUAGGGCAGCAGCCCCAGUCUGUUCCUCCAAGAACGUUCAGGCUGAGGCACCUUUGUCGGACUAUGUUCAAAAGGCAAGCAAACCCGCGACACAGCCUGCUUCCAGUACACAGAUCAUGGUGAAGACCAAUGUGUACAAUAAUGAAAAGGUGAACAUUCAUGUUGAAUGUAAAGACUAUGUUAAAAAGGCAAAAGUAAAAAUCAAUCCUUUACCACAGAGCAGACCAGUGCUGAGCCAGGCACACGCGGACGCAGCAAAGGAAAAUACCUGUUACUGUGGUGCUGUAGCAAAGAGACAAGAAAUAAAAGAGUCCCCACACAGUCACUGUACGCCUCCUAUUUUGCCUUUUAAAGAGACUCAAGAACUGCUCCUCAGAGCACCCCAGGAAACUCCAGGACUUGUUGUGGGGGAGAGCAGUAUUUCUGCCAGCACAUCAGUGUCAGAUUCAUCACAGAAAAAAGAAGAGCACAACUAUUCUCUUUUUGUAACAGACAGUGUGGGUGAACAGUCAGCCAAAGGAGACCCUGAAGAAGAUGAGGAGGAUGAGGAAGAUAUUGAAGAUGAGGAUCAUGAUGAAGGAUUUGGCAGUGAGCAUGAGCUGUCUGAAAACGAUGAUGAGGAAGAAGAUUAUGAGGAUGAUAAGGACGAUGACAUCAGUGAUACUUUCUCAGAACCAGGGUACGAAAAUGAUUCCGUGGAGGAUUUAAAAGAAAUGACUGCAAUAACCUCUCGAAAAAGAGGCAAGCGGAGAUACUUCUGGGAGUACAGCGAGCAGCUAACGCCAUCCCAGCAGGAAAGGAUGCUGCGGCCAUCCGAGUGGGACCGAGAUACAUUACCGAGUAACAUGUACCAGAAGAACGGUCUGCACCAUGGUAAAUACGCAGCAAAGAAGUCACGGAGGACUGAUGUAGAAGACCUGACUCCCAAUCCCAAAAAACUUCUACAGAUUGGUAAUGAGCUGCGGAAGCUGAACAAGGUGAUCAGUGACCUGACGCCAGUCAGCGAACUUCCCUUAACUGCCAGACCAAGGUCAAGAAAAGAAAAGAACAAGCUGGCUUCCAGGGCUUGUAGACUAAAGAAGAAAGCCCAGUAUGAAGCCAAUAAAGUAAAACUCUGGGGUCUCAACACAGAAUAUGAUAAUUUGCUGUUUGUGAUCAACUCCAUCAAACAAGAAAUUGUUAAUCGAGUGCAGAUUCCUAAAGAUGAUAGAGGAGUCAACAUGGAACAAAGGUUGAACAUACUUAUUAAAGAUACUCUUGGACUUCCUGUAGCUGGACAGACAUCAGAAUUCGUGAAUCAAGUGUUAGAGAAGACUGCAGAAGGAGACCCCACAGGUGGCCUUGUAGGAUUACGAAUACCAAUGUCAAAAGUUUAAGACAUGACUUCACCUGUUCUCAUUGGUCACAUUCUUCCUGUGUUGUCAAGUACUUCAUUGUAAAUUGCAUUCUGGUCUGCAUGUCAGUUUAGCAUUAUGUAAACACUUACAAUUAGGUUCCAUUAUUUUUAAACAACAGCGUAGAAAAAAAAAAUCAAAGCAUGGAAUAAAAUGCCUAGUAGCAUUUUUGGAGCAUAAAUUAGAUAGUUCUAAAGCUGCUUUGAGACUGCAUACAGAGAUGAGGGUUCUUUUGAAAAUUAAGUUCUAGGACCAGACUUACCACUUUCGUUUUAGAAGCAAAACCUUAUUUUUGCUAGUAAAAUUUUUUUAGCGUAUGCCAGACGUAGUGGCAGGUUUAUGCUCCAGGCAAAACAAGAGGAAGCAUUUUUUUGAUAAAGCUGACAAUUCAGUUUUUGUUGUUGUUGUUGUUGUUUUUGUAUUCGUUCUUGUUUGCUGUUUUGAAAUAAUUGGAUUUCCUUUGUUCUUCUUAAAAACAGUAAGCUUUCUUUGCAACCAUUAACUUGUACAUAGCACACGUGGCUUCAGAGCUGGUGUGCCAUAUAAACUUUAAUUUUUUCUGAGCUUAAUAUAGUAUUUAAAUGUCCGUGCAAGCAAGAGAAAAAAAAGUUUAUUCUUUGUGCCUUGUAUUUUGAGGGGAGAGCUAUCAGUGUAAGCUGGUAAAGUUUUGUAUGAAGAAAACCCCGAGGGGAAAAAACGAGAUGUACAGAUGGUGAGAUUAUAGGUUUUAAUGUAUUUGUUCCAGCUCUUAAAAUUUUUUGAAUGUAUAUAGGAAUAUGUUGAAAAUGUAGAUAUAUGCCACAGAGUCUAUGUAUUGUAUAAAAGAUGGCUCUAGAAAACUCAAUUUCGGUACUUUGGCCGGAAGAAAACAUAUACUUGCACAUUAAUGCGAUUGUUUAUUUUUGUACCAAAGACAAAUGCAACUGAUAUGGCGAACUGCCAGUCUAAGUAAAGUUUUGCACAGCUUAUAUGAUACUGUACUGAAUGUAAAAACAAAAGAAAAAAAAAAAAGAAAAAAAAUUACAAGGUCAGGGUUAGGGAUCUUACUGAACUGUGAAUUUUUUGUUUGGGUCCAAUUAUCUACAGAAGGAGCAUUCAUACAUAAUGAUAUUAUUUUGCUGUUCUUGUAGUUCGCUUCCAUGGUAGAUAAGUUGGUGGCCGUCUCGGAGUCUUUAAAUCUUUUUUCUCUGCACUUACUGUAGGAGAUUUUAAUAUAUUUGGAUUUUAGUAAGCUAUUGGUAAAAUAGUUUUCGACUUUGAGAAUUUAAAGAAAUAUUUAGCUUGUUGUAGUAUACUUCCAACAAACAACCAAAAUAAAAUUAUUUUUAUUGUAAUGUGUAUAUAUGUAAAGAGAAAAAAGAGCUACAGAUAUCUAAUUCCUUAGUUGCCACUUUUCCAGUUGAUGUAUUAUUAUGCAUGUGAUGUUUCCAAGGAUCAACACAGGCUUCAAACAAAACGAGACAAAAAAAAAAAAAAAGUUUAUAGACUUUUAUAUUUUUGUACAGGUAUUUCAAAACUAGCUUCUUCAAACUUAUAUGUGACUUAUUCUUGUUAAUUCAGUAGUUUCUAUGAUUGGGAAAUAUUAACACAGAGUUCUUAUUUGCUCUUCUGCUAAUAAGAGUUGGCUUUGUAGUCAGUGUUAACGUACAGAUAAAAAGCUUUAGCCCUUGAUGAAAGUCCUUUAUGUCAAGGCAAGAUCAUUCUCUGGUUUCAUGGACCCCUUUUCCCUCCCCGUUCUUUCUCUCCCUAUUUAAAAUGACAGAACACUGUUUACUGAAAAUAGAAAUACCAAAUAUUUUCAAAUGUAGCUGCUGAAAAAAAAUGCAAAGUCCAUGAAGGCUUUUCUCCCCGCUCCCUUUGGGGAAUCUCUCCACUUCGUUUCUAGUUUGUCUAUGUUUGUACUGUGAUUCCUUUUUGUUUAUAUGUAGGUUAUUUUUAUAUCCAAGCUUGUACCAUUAAAAAGUCUGUAAUAGUGCAGUGAGAGUCGCAGGUGAAGGUGGCAGUCCUGCCACAUGCUGGUGAGUGUGCACACAGCUUACUUUGCAUCUAAAUAUUUUGGAAGACUCAAAAGGGAGAAGGAGGCCAAAAUACCACUACUGAGCUGUACAGAAAGUUUUUUCCUUCACGAGACUGAACAAAUACCCAGAGCAAUUUAGGCGAAACUUUGUUAAUCCACUUAAGAUUUGCAAAAUCAGAGUGGACUUUGGGUGUUCUUAUUGCUCUCACGGUGAGGUGAGAGUCGGCUGCUGCUUUCCACAGUGGGUCAGAUGUAUUCCUAUUGUAAGCAUUGCCAAUGUUACACUUAUUCCAGAGAUGCAUACUGCCCAUAAAACCCCGACAAAGAAUGUUUCUUGUGAAGAUAAGGCCACGUCUGUGCAAAGAUUUGAGUACAGCCGUUCCUUUCUGCUGAGCGGCGUUACCGCACUGCUCCGACAGGAGAGCUCCUUUUGCUCUCUCAAAUCCACGUAGGCGAGGAGGCGUUCCUAAACCUUACGAGCAGUUUUGCAAUCAGGUAAAAACUUCAGCGACAAAUUGAACUGACGAGGUAUCAGAAAGCCCCUUUUUACCGCUCAGACGUGCUGGGCAAAUAGAACUUUAUAGCUGUUUGUUUUUAUCUGAAAACCAGAAUAUGAUUUUGGUCUAGCAUUUCAAAUAGACUUUGAAUCUUUAGUGAAUUCCAUACCCCUUGCAUUUCAGUGUUUUCUAUGUAUUAUUUUAAGUUAAAGCUUUUGAAUAGUUGAGCUUUUUAAUGUUGACACUUUAUUUUGUACCUAUUUAUAUGUAUGUAUAUCUUAGAAAAGCACUUUGUUUAAAAAGGAAAAAGAAAAAAAAAAAAAGAAGAAAAAAAAAAAAAGAAACUGCGUUUUCUAUGAUUCCUGCCACUUGCUGCUAACUCUGGGCUGGUCAGAAUGCUGCAGCGAUACUUGAUAUAAAUAAAACCUGGCAGUAAAAUGUAGAGUACAGAUAAGACCUUUUGCUGGUUUAACUUUAUCAUAAAGGUGACAUAGGCAAGCUGUGCAGCUUUACAUUUUAACCAGGGGACUCUGUGGCAUUUAAACCGUCUAGAAAUGGUUGUACUUUAAUGCCAGUAACAAUCUGCUUCCUCUAGUGUCAUUACAAUAUAUACAUUUAGUGUAUACUUAUCACAAACAGAAUCUUUUAAGGGUAUAAAAACCAACAAAUGUACAUGUUCUGUUUUUUGGCAAUUGUGGCAUGCGUUUUUGGGUGAUCUUUAGAGAAGACCAUUUUCUAAAGAUGUUCAGUGUUCAUACAUGGUAUGUGGAUCUUAAUGAAGUCCUGGAUUCUUUUUUGUUUGUUUGUUUGUUUGUUUUUGAGUGUAGGCAUUGUGAAUAUUCACUUUUAAUCCUAUAUCCAAAAACAAUUAUACAUCUUUGAUUUAAUACAAACAGAAGUUCUUCCUUUUUCUGAUACACUGGAUUCUCUAGGAUUUGUUUCCAUAUUAAAAGCAUGCUGUUAUAACUGCUCUUGUUAAAAUCUCGUCAGUCUGAACUUAGGUGCCACACUUUCUGACUCGAUGGACUGCUUGUUCUACUGUACCAUGUAUGAUUCUUGUCCUUUCCUACUUCCUUCAUGAGAGAUUAUGAUGUGGCUUUAUAUUGUGCCUUACUUGUACAUCUAGAACUAAAUGUUUUUUCAUUACCCUUGAACUCUUCGAACCUAACCCCUCCAAAAGCGAAUCCGAACUGGUAAAAGCAUUCUGAAGAGAGUUUGGAUAGAUCUAUUUUUGUUUCUCUCGAUAGCAGUCGUUUUCUAUUUAUAUGGAUGACCAGUUUUUGAAUGGCCUUGCAGAAUGUGGGGGUGCUCACAAAGGGCAUUUUUGAGCCCUAACCCCCUUUUUCCUAACACUUCUUUUAUGGUUUGUUGAACGCAUUUACUGAUACUUGGUGAGUUCUUUUCUUGGAUGAGAGAAACUUAUUAAUAAAACGAUCAGGUGUGGGUGGGCUGGAUUUUCUUACCAUGCCAGCUGGAGCAUGAUUUCAUUAAGUUGCAUUGCUGCAAAGUUGAUGUGAGAGUCGGGCUCAGCUGUGUUCAGUCCCUGAUCCUUUCUAGAUCACAGACCCUUUGCCGCUGCUAAAUAAAGCUGGGGAAAAGCUGAAAGCAGAAAAAUCUAAAAUCUGAACGGAUGAAGGGUCUGUUAUAGCUGACCUAAAAGCAGACACCUGGUGUCACUAUUUCUUUUCUCCAGAAAGGUCUCUCCCCCACCCAACAUUUAUCCCAUAUUUGCCUUCGGUAAUAAAACAGCUUAUUCACAAAACACAAAGAAUGGAUGUGCUUUUCUUUUCUUUUUUUUUUCUUUUUUUUUUUCAUAAAUGAUUUCAAUAUAGCUAUUUUUUUAAAGCUGCAGGAGGCUUUAUCAGGAACAUUUUAAACGGUUGUGUAUAAGUUGCCUUUAACAGAAAUAGCAGAUGCAAUUCUGUUCCUCUAACUUGCUUGCUAGUCUUCCUGAAAUUCUGUUGAGGCGUGACCAGUUGUGUACCAUGGAUGUUAGGGUCCGUAUUUGGCCUUGAGACCUGAAUUUCAAGAAUGCAUCUAGUCAUUAUUAUUUAGAAGUUGGAGGCUUCAGUUGGGAUUACCAAGCUAAGUGUGCUGCUAGGUGUGGUGUUGGCUUAUUGACACAGCCAUGCACAGAGCUGAAAUCCGUUUCGUUUACCCCAGGGAUCGUGUGAAGUACAUUUCAGUUACUGCUUCGGUGACUGAUUCUUUUUGUAACUGUAUUAAGGGCAUUAGUAUGUCGAGAAAACACCACUCUUGAAUAUAUCCCAAUACAAAUUGGGAUUCUUAAAUGUCAUUAAUGAAGGAUGGCACUUUUAGGCUCUAUCUUCUUUGCAAUAUACAAAACUAUCUCUAUCUUUGUCUGAUGGACAUUUCACCGCACGCCAUGUUUUUCCCCAGUGCUUCUCACACGUAGAAGAGGUGUGUGUGUGUGCACUGCAUCACAGCCCUCAGCCUCUCGGACAUCCAUGAACUUCCACAAGAGUCAAUGCUGGCGGUGCACUUACUGUCCUUCUAAUGAGCAGUGGAGCUAAAAGUGGAACCAGAACUAUCUUAAGCCACGCUGUUGUUUUCAUAAAACGAAAGGCUUUUUGGAUAACACCGGUGUCCCAAGGUUUUCCUGCAGGUAGUGGCUAUUUAUGUGUGUGGACGAGUCAAAUUUGGGUGUUAUCCAUCUACAGGGAGGAAAAUUUCUGUGCUGGAUUUCGUACUGACAAAAGCACAAUCCACCCGAGGAAAACCUUGCAAUUAAGAGCUGACCCCGGGGCGUAGCAUUUAAUUGUGCUCAUCUUUCGUGUCCUACUUUCUCAUUUGAGCCAGCUGUCCCCCAGCACGUCCCUAAGGCUUCACUGCUCAGUGUCUGUGCUCGGGUGAACCCGGAGGCUGAUGGCACAUGGUGGGAAAAGGCAUUGCCAGCAGAACAUGGCGUCCUCCAUCACGGGCUUCCAAGGGGAGCUCAGAGAAACUCCACGAAAGUCUUGUCUCUGUUAGAAAAUAAACUCUCCUGUGAAAAGCAUGAUCUGUUCAGAGUUGCAGUGUUAGAUGUUGGUUAAUAGCUGUGCAGUUUUUAUUAUUUCUCUUCGAAAAGAGGCACAAUCCCACGACUGACUUUGUUUACUGUCCCCCGCGAUCCCUCGCACUUCUAUUCAGACGCAAAUUUCAUCAAUGUACGCAACAUCCUUUGUAAUUUAAAAUAAAAAUUGUGGAGGAAACACUG